CGGAUCUCCAGCAAUCAAUUGCAGUCUGACCAGUCACCGCGCGAAUCACGGAGAUUGGCAUUUCCGCUAUCCAAUCGCAGCGCGGUGCGCCCGGAGCUGGGUAAGAUGGCGGCGCGGUGAGGGGAACGUGCAGGCUCCGGUGCUGCCGCUCUCCGAUGUUUUUUAGGACAUUCCUGAGGAAUUCUGCUGCCCUCCCCGGGCCGUUCUGAUCGCGCCUACUCCUCUCAGAGCCUCGGAGAUGUCGCUGCGUGCCGUGCUCAGGGCCGCCGCCUCGCUGCCGCGCUGCACCCCGUCCCUGCUCAUGCCGCCGCCUCCUCCCUGUGCCCCGUGCUGCCCCAUGGCCACCCUGAACCAGAUGCACCGGCAGGGCCGCCCCGCGCCGCCUCCCCGCCAGCCGGGCGCCACGCUGGGCCGGCCGCAGCUCAAGGCCGUGGUGCUCAAGAACCUGAUCCGCAAGCCCAAGAAGCCCAACUCGGCCAACCGGCGCUGCGUGCGCGUGCGGCUGAGCUCGGGCCGCGAGGCUGUGGCCUUCGUGCCCGGCGAGGGCCACAACCUGCAGGAGCACCAUGUGGUGCUGGUGCAGGGCGGGCGCACGCAGGACCUGCCCGGCGUCAAGCUGACCGUGGUGCGCGGCAAGCACGACUGCGCGCACGUACAGCCCAAGAAAUGAGGGGGAGACCCCUGACUGUGCCCACGUGCAGGCCAGGAAAUGAGGGGGGGGAUCCCCAUGAUGCUGGGGGGGCUGGGAGGGGUGACCCCGGGCCGGGGAUGGACCUGGCUUGGGUGGGUAAAAUUCAGAAAAUUCAGAUUAAAGCGUUCUGGUGGUGA